AUGGGUAGAACUCCACGUAUUGCCAAGCGCAAAACAUCAACAAAGAGAAAAAGAAAGGAUGAGAGUGAAGAUGAACACGAAUCUGAUCAAUCAGAAAAUGAACAAGUAACUGUGGCCUCUGAACAAAGCGAAGAUGAACAAUCUGAAGCAGAGGAACCAUCAGAACCAUCAUCAUCAGAAGACGAAGCCUUCCACGAUGAUGAAAAGGAUGAGGAUUUCGAGCCUCCAAAACCAAGAACAUCAAGAAAGAAGUCUACAACAAAAAAGACAACAACCAAGAAAAAGGAUACAACAACAACAACACCUAGGAAGAAGAAACUUAAAACUGGUACAUCAACAACAACAAAGAAAACAAAAACUAGUGGUGAAUCUAAAGGAAAAAAGAAAGGAUCAAAGAAAAAGGAUGAUAUUAUUGAAGAGGAUAUGGUUGUUGUAAAUGAAGACAAGGAUUCUAUGUUUGCUUCUGUUAGAAAAGAAAGCUCAGCUAUCAGAGAAAUUGUUGACAACUGGCAAGAAAGCUUUGAUUCUGAUAAAUCAAAGGCUACUGCUGAAUUGUUGACAUUUUUAUUACACUCAUCAGGUGCAAAGGGUGAAACAGAAUUUGCUGCAAAAAAACUUAAAGUUGUAGAAUCAUCAAAAAUGGAAAAGGUUAUUGAUGAUUUGAUUGAAGAAUUACCAACUAGUCUGCAAGUUUAUCCAAUUAUUAACAAUCACCCAUCUCUCAAACACUUUAGAAAGAACUUUGCUGAUUUUUGGGAUACUUUUGUUGAUGUAACAAAGGAAGGUUCACAACUUUAUGAAAAGAUUAUUCAAGAAAAGUUUAUGAAUUGGCUUUUCUUAAUGACAUCAUCUACUUGCAGAGCUUUGAGACAUACAUCAACAUUGGCAGCAUAUCGUAUUGCCUCUAGCGCCAUUGAUGCAAGAAGAUCAGAGGCUAAAACAUUGGCUAAACUUGAAAAACAAGCAAAGGCAGCCAAGAAUAAGAAGAAGGAAACGGAAUUGUUGGAUCUGUGUGAAGAACAUCAAGAUAAGACAAACACUCUGGAGAAGAUAUGUAAAGAUAUCUUUUCGCAGAUUUUUGUUAAGAGAUACAGAGAUUCAUGCCCAGAUAUUCGUGCUCUUUCUCUUUUACAAGGUGUUGAAUGGGUUAUUGGACUUCCAGAACAAUUUUUAAAUGAUUCUUCGUUAAAAUUCUUUGGUUGGAUGUUAAAUGAUACUGAAGAAAGUGUAAGAAAAGUUGCUGUCCAAGUUUUGGAUAAAAUUUACAGUAAGAAAGAUUGGAAAGAUCAAUUGAACAAUUUUACAUUACAAUUUUUACCAAGAAUUAUUUCAGUCACUCGUGAUGUUUCAGUUUCAGUUUCUGUUGAAGGAAUCAAACUUUUAACAACACUCCUCCAAAAUGGUUACUUGAAAGCUAAUCACAUUGAGGAAGUUUCCAAACUUAUGUUCAGUGAAGUUUCUAGCGUAAGAUUUUAUGCUGCCAAGUUUGCGUAUACACAUAUCAAAUCUAAAUCAGAUUCAUCUAAGUCCAAGAAAUCCAAAAAGUCUGAUGUCAGUUUGAAAGAUGUUCUUGAAUUUGUUUCUGAAUCUGUUGAAGAGUUUCCUAUGGCUCCAUAUUAUGUUGUAGAUUCGUGGUGGAGUCUUGAUAGUGAUAUUUUCAGAAGCUACAAGCAAAUUUGUCAAAUGAUCAAUGAUGAAGAAGGUGAUGCUAUAACAUUAAUCAAGAUACUUAAUGCCUCCAUUCAAAAACUUAAGGGUUCUUUGAAGAGUGUGACAAGUUCGUCAGAUAAUGUUAAAGUUAAUACAAAAUCUAAACUUACAACAAAAGAAGUAGAAGAAGAAGUUGAAGAAAUUACAGGUAUUUUAGCACCAUAUCUUUCAGGAUUGAUUGAUAAAUACAGAACUGAACCUGAAAUUGUUGCAGAGUUGAUUGAAAUUCCACAACAUUUAGAUAUGGAUAAUUACGCUGAAUCACAUUUCACAAAACUUUUAAAGUCUCUUAAAGAAACAUUGAACACAAAUAUUUCCCCAACAGUAUAUCUUCAAAUUGCUAAAACAUUCAAAUAUCUCAUUAAGGAUCAUGAGGAUUUCUCACUCAGAUCAGAGGCUACUCUUCAAUAUAAUGAGAUAAUCAGAGAAAUGUCAUCUCAACUCAAAGAUGCUGUUCAAACACUUCACGAACAAGAUGAACCAACAGCAGACGUGUUAUCAACAUUACACAGAAUAAGAGCCUUUACAAAGGUUGUAGGAACUUCACAAUUAAUUGCUGAUGAAGUUUUGUUUGAAGAUAUGAACAUUAUUUUAGAGUCAAAGAUUUCAGAAAUUGAAAUGUCACAAAAGGAUGAUUCAUCUAGUUCUGAAGAAGAAGUUGAUGAAGUUACACCUAUCAUUAUUGAUAUUAUUCAAGAUGAUUUGUUCUGGACUCUAAAGGACUCAUUGGAAGAAAAGGGUGAACCUAGAGCCAAACUUCAAAAGAAGUAUCUAACUAAGCAAGAAAAGAUUACAACUCCUCUUUUCUACGUAUUAAAGAAAGGAAAGAUUGGGUCUUCCAUCAUUUUACAUUGUUUCAACCAUUUAAUGAAUAUUUACAUGAUUACAUGUGCUGAUAAUGUUGGUUCUGAUACACUUAUUCCAUUAACCACUAAUGAUAGAGUUGAAAUUUUGAGAAGAUUCUUCACCAAGUCAAUGAAACAUCUCACUAAGGAAUAUAUUUUGAAUAGUGUUUCUGAUGAAGAAAAUGUAGAUGAAGACGAAAAGAAGAAGAAAGAUGCUAAAAUCAAAGUAAUCAAUCAAACAGUUUCUGAUCUUAUUCUAGGAUUAUCAAGAGCUAUUAUCUGUAAGAGUUUACCAGAUACUCUUAUUCCAGAUAUUUUAUCAUACUUUGUCAAGACCAAGAUUCCUAUUGUUGAGGAUGUCAUCAAAAAGUUCCACGCCGAUAUUAAACACCGUUUCGAAUCCAAGUUAUGGGAAUAUGAAUUUGGUGCUUUGAAGGUUUUACACAGUGCUUAUCUCGAUUAUGUUGAACAAGAAGAAGAAAAAUCAAUCAUCAAGAAAGCCAGCAAAGAUUUGGAAGAGUUAGGCUCCAGAAUCAGCAAAUCUCACUUCCCUGGAAAAGAUGUUAAACAUUUGGAAUCACUUGUUACUCAUACCAUCAACUUUAUCUUUGAUGAUAUUAACCAAUAUCAUUCAUUCCUUACUGGUUUAAUGAAAUUCCGUUUCAAGGGUCUUUCGGACGCCAAGAGAUCCGAAUUUGUCAAAUCAAUCAACAGAAAACUUGACCAAAUUGAUGAUAUUGACAAAAAAGCAAAGGAAAAUGUUGAAUCAUUCAUUGAACUUUUGGAAGUAAAGAAGAAGAAGGGUGAUGAAACAGAAGACGAAAAGACUGACAAUGAAAAGGAUAAGAUGGAAGACGAAGAAGAAGAAGAAGAAAAGAAAGAUGAAGAGGAAGAAAAAGAGGAAGAAAAGAAAGAUGACAAGAUGGAAGAUGAUGACAAUACUCAAAUAUCUGAAACUAAGGAAAAUGAAGAAGAUGAAGAAUUAAUCUCAAGCAAACCUAGAUCCUCCCUUUAA